GGGCAUUCAUGUACGCACACACAACCGAAACCGAAAACACACUCACAAUUCCCCAAGAUGCUGCUGAUUCGAGCUAAAAUGCUCAUCGGAGCCUUCAUCGUGCUGAUGCCAAUGCUGACACUGGGCAGAUCUACAGCCAAACUGAAUGUAACCCAUGCAGGGGAUGAUUACCCUGUCACCCAGCAGCAGGCCAAUGCGACAGCAGCCACUCUGGAGACAUCUGAGACAGCAGCAGCAGCUCUGGAAGCAACAGAAACAUCCGCUGUACACCACAGACGCAUCCUACGAAAGGCUAUCGAUAUUCCAGUGAUUGCGAUGGACUAUGAGACGACACACAAGCCCUGUGACAUGGACAUGCGCGGCAUACGACGCUACAUUCCGGCCUUUCCCAAUCAGUGCAUUUGGAGCUACAACAAUCGCUACACCACCGAGGGCUACUAUCGGGUCUACAAGAUGUACCAACUGGAGGCAUUCUUCUUUGGCCAGUACUACGAGCGUCUCAAGCGGUACGAAACGGAGCCACAUAACUACAAGGAGCUGUGAGGCGGCAUCCUGCAAAACUCCUCGA